AUGCGUACACUUUUUUUCAUUUCUAUUGUAUUUUUUACUGUUUUUGUUUCUGUAACAAGUGGAGCAACAUUCGCAGAGGAGAAAGAUGUUCACGAUGAAGGACAUAUUAAGCAACAUUUGGAGAACAAGAUAGAAGUAGAGAAACUGACAGAAGAGCAACAAAGAUUCCAUUAUUUCUCGAUGCACGAUUUGAAUAAGGACAAUUAUAUUGAUGGAAUCGAGAUUCUGAAGGCACUUACUCAUGAUCACGGGGAGCAUCCAACAGCAGGACCAUCUACUGAUGAAGGAGAAGCAGAGAGACUUGUAGAUGCUGUGUUAGAUGAUUUGGAUUCUAACGGAGAUGGAGUUAUUGAUUAUUCUGAAUACUUGAGACGACAGUAA